UACCAUGUUCUCGUGGAGCGUGACGCGGCUUGUGACGCAGAUGUAUGUGCGUUGCUUUUGCCUGUCUAUAUUCUAGGAAUCCAGGCAACUAAACGGAGAGGUUCUGUAAUGGCAGGACAGCAGUUUCAGUACGAUGAUAGCGGCAACACAUUCUUCUACUUCCUCACGUCCUUUGUGGGACUCAUCGUCAUCCCGGCUACUUACUACUUCUGGCCCCGGGAUCAGAACGCGGAGCAACUCCGAUUAAAGGCUUUGAGAAAAGUACAUGGAAGAUGUUUGUGGUACCGGUUGCGGUUGAUGAAAUCAAAACAAAGCAUUAUUCCAACACUAAAGAAAGUUGCCUUACUUAUAGGAUGGGUGCUAUUUUUGUUCCUUGCCUACAAAGUUUCAAAAAUAGACAGAGAAUAUCAGGAAUACAACCCCUAUGAGGUCCUAAGCUUAGACCCGGGAGCAUCUGUCUCUGAAAUUAAAAGGCAGUACCGACUGCUGUCGCUCCGGUUCCAUCCAGAUAAGGGAGGAGAUGAGGUGAUGUUUAUGAGGAUUGCUAAAGCUCAUGCAGCUUUAACAAAUGAAGAGUCUCGGAACAACUGGCAAACGUACGGCAACCCUGAUGGUCCGCAAGCUACAAGUUUUGGUAUUGCUUUACCUGCUUGGAUUGUGGACCAGAAAAAUUCCAUGCUGGUCUUGCUUGUGUACGGACUAGCUUUUAUGGUUAUUCUUCCUGUUGUUGUGGGUACUUGGUGGUAUCGUUCAAUACGCUACAGUGGAGACCAAAUUCUUAUUAACACAACACAGCACUUCAUGCAGUUUAUGUAUAGAACUCCAAACAUGAACAUGAAACGCCUAGGAAUGGUUCUGACAGCGGCUUCUGAAUUCGACCCACGCAAUAACAAGGAGGCAACAAUUAGACCAACAGAUAACAUCGAAGUUCCUGAGCUCAUUCGGGACCUUGGAAAUAUCAAUGUAAAGAAGAAGGAGCCUCCAUUUUGCUCCCCGUACAGUCUAAAGGCCAGAGUCCUCAUGCUUUCCCAUCUUGCCAGAAUGGAGGUGUCGGAGGACAUAAAAGAAGAUCAACAGUUUGUUGUGAGAAAGAGCCCUGCACUGCUACAAGAAAUGGUUAAUGUCGGCUGUCAGCUUACUAGGCUGGCAAAUAGCCAUGGGGGUUUUCCUGCUCCUCGCUUGGUGUCCAUUGAGAACUGUAUGAAACUCUCCCAGAUGAUCGUGCAGGGCCUGCAAGAGUUCAAAUCUCCAUUGCUGCAGCUCCCACACUUUGAAGAAGAGCAUCUGAGAUACUGUGUUUCUAAAAAAUACAAAGUGAGAAGCAUCCAGGACCUGGUUAGUUUGAAAGACUCUGACCGACGGAAUAUGCUGCGAUUCCUCGGGGAGGAGCAAUAUGAAGAAGUUAUGGCAGUUCUUGGAAAUUUUCCCCGCAUUACAAUUGAUAUAAAGCUACAAGUUGUAGAUGAUGAGGACAGCAAUAACAUUACAGCAGGGUCACUUGUUACAGUCACUGUCACACUAACAAGGAAAAUGAUGCUGGACUUCUUUGAAAAGGAGCAGGAACAAGUGUGUGCACCAGAGGAUCCUAACACAGAAGAGGGGCAAGGAGACGUCAUUAAAAACAAAAGCAAGGUAUGGCAGAAUAAGAACAAAGCUGCCAAAAAGACGUCUAAGUCAAAGAAAAAGAAAUUGACCAAGAAGAAGGCCCUUUCCCAGCAGCAGCAGCAGCAGCAGCAGCAGAAACAGGACAAGCAGAAACAGGCGAAUGGGACCGUUGCUGUCAAUGAGGUUGUCCCUUCAACUAAGGAGGAAGAGGAUGAGGUUUCAGGCAAGGGUAGUGAUUCGGAGGAGGGGGAGACCAAUAAAGACUCGCCAAGUGAGAGAGAUGAUGAGAGUGACACUGAACCCGACGAAAUGGGUGGGGAUGAUGAAGAGGAGUGGAAAGCACUACAACAGAGUAUCCAACGAAAAGAAAGGGCCCUUUUAGAGACAAAAUCAAAGAUCACGCAUCCCGUUUAUAGCUUGUACUUCCCUGAGGAAAAGCACGAGUGGUGGUGGCUUUACAUUGCAGACAGGAAAGAACAGACUUUAGUAUCUAUGCCCUAUCAUGUCUGCACACUUAAGGACACAGAAGAGGUUGAACUCAAAUUCCCUGCACCAUCAAAACCUGGAAAUUAUCAGUACUCUGUGAUUUUGAGAAGUGACUCGUUCAUGGGAUUGGAUCAGAUAAAGCCAUUAAAGCUGGAGGUCCACCAGGCGAAGCAGAUGCCAGACAACCAUCCCCAGUGGGACAUCCCAGAGACAGAAGAGGAAGAGGAGGACCAGGAGGACAGCGACGGCAUCGAGGAGAGUGAAGAGGAAGACAAUGAAUAAAUAAAACGAUUGUAAUGGACUACUGUCUCCUAAUUAAAUAAUAAUAUAAUAUAAAUGACUCCCCAAUAUCCUAGUUGGUCUGAAAUUUAAACUGUAGGUUUUGUGUGUACAAAUUCUGAUUGCGACUCACGUGGGAGAUUCAGAGAACUCCCCUUCUGGCUGAACAGCUACUUGUGACUACAGUGAUUGUGUUACUGGUAAUUUAAUUGGAAGGUAAAAGCUACUUUUCUCAAAGCAAAAAAGAAAAAAAAGAGAAGUAUAUAAUAAUUGCCUUUUACUGCAGUACUGAGUUGAAAUAUAAUUUGAUGCGUUAGUUUGUGGGGAUGUUGUACCUUGAAUACUGUGGUUUGACAGAUCGGCCAUUCAAGAUUUUUAAGUUUCUUCCCAUAAAGCCGGUUAUAUUUGUCACAUUGAUGUCCGUCACAUGUCUUCAUUUAGUGAUACGUGAAACUGCAGGGUGAAUCAGCAGGGAAUUCAAUAUUUUCACAGUAGAUUCUUGGAUUCAUUUAACACCUCUCAUUGUUAGAACUGCAAUUAUAAUAUAAAAUAAUGGGAUUUAUAUUUAAAGGGCAAUAUUGUUCAUCUUGUACCAAAGUUUGGAUCCCUUUAUGUAUUGCAAAACCAUCACGGCAUAAACAUAAGUUCAGCCUUAUUUUAAUUGGUCUUAAUUUGAACGCUUACAGCAUAAAACACCUAAUUAAAUAUCAGGACUCUGCUAUUAAAUUAUAUAUUAGUAAGAAUUAGUCCAAAAUGAAUUUCCAAAUGUGAAAAUAAAUUAGUUGGGAAUAAGAAAUGUGGGUAAACUGGUAAUGUGUUUCAUGAAAGCAAUAAAACUAGACAAGCACUUUUACUAUAAGUAUAGAAUUGUAGCUCAAUAUAGUCAACAAGCAUUAAUGAAAAAAUGCAUCGUUGCAGGUACCUUGUUUUCAUUAGUGAACAUGGUGCAUAAUGUAAUAAGUACAUUCCAGGUCUUUUAAAGUGAUACAGGGUUAUAAGCAUUUUUUGGAAUUUCGGUAGUGCCAUAUCCACUGAAUAUAUAUUUUUUCUUUGUUGAGGUGGAGGUGAGCCCUUUAAGGGCUUUGGGGAUCCUUUAUUACUAGUUUUUCAACAGGCUUUUUUGUGCUCUUUUAAAACAAAUACCAGUAACAAGUUUGCAGGAUUUAAUAGUUUAGAUGUACUGUAUGUUUAAACUUCAGUCACUAUAAUGGAAGCCCUGUUCAGGUGUGCCAGAAAGCAGUGAAUAUAAUCUUCUUUGUUUAAAGUUCAGCUACCAAGUUUAUUGUUUUACAUGACUGAAAUGUGUUUCUGGUUCUUUGCGGUGGGAUAGUAUCAGGUAAAAGCAGGGUUGGGAUAUUAAGGGCAAGUGGCAUCUAAAAUAAUAAUAAUAAUAAAUGCCACACUAUCCUUUCCAAUCAUGUAUUAUUCCAGCACUGCGGAAUAUUUUCAAAGUGUGUUUUGUGCACUAAAAACAUCUCUUUUAGGUAGAUGAGAGUAAAAAUGGCUUUAUCCAAUAUUACCAUCCAAUUCAAGUUACAUUUUUGUAGAGUAAGGAUCUCAAAUACAAACCAAAAAUGGGAUCUAUUUAUUGGAGGAAAAAACUGUCACAUGUAUUAGUGGGGAUGUGUUUUGGGGAAUUCCUGUGGAAAAAGAUGUGGGACCAUUUAUUAACUUGAUUAAGGCAAUAUUGAUGUUGUGUCUGUAAUGUAAAUGUAUCCAUUAAUUAAAAGUUCACUGGGUGAAAGGAACACUUACUAGCUGUAGCCAGCUGAUUUUUGUGGUUCCUUGUGAUAUGCACAAAUACAAUUUACACCUAGAAAUAGACCUUGUUAGGGGAUUUUAAGUAUUACUGAUCUGCCAGAUGUAGAAUUAGUUAACACGCUGUGUUAAAAUACACUACAGUACCUUCAACAAAUCAGCUGCAUACUGUUUCUUAAUAUUUCAGGCCAAAUAGGAAUAAUUGCCCAAUAUUACAGUGUCUGCCAAUUUUGUUUACAAGAAAACUCAUUGUAAAUGGGAAAUACAUCAUUCUAUAUUCUUUGUAUUUAAAUAGCUGCAAAUAAAAUGGUAAGACUUUUUAAA